AUGGCCAAAGUCCAAGGAACAUGCGACCCGCGCUUCGAGAAAGUAAAAUCCGUCUUCCAAUCCUACCUCGACUCAGGCGAAGAGCUCGGCGCCUCCAUCUGCGUUAAUCUCGACGGGAAAGAAGUCGUCGAUCUCUGGGGCGGCUACGCAGAUGAAGCCCGAACACGGCCGUGGGAAAAAGACACUAUAACAUGUAUUUGGUCGUCUAGCAAGACUAUCUGCGCGCUGGCGGCUCUCGUGUGCAUCGACCGGGGUCUUCUGGAUCCGAACGAGAAGGUAUGCAAGUACUGGCCUGAAUUCGCCGCGAAUGGGAAAGAAGGGGUGGAAGUACGGCACUUUCUUUCGCAUGCGAGUGGAUUGAGUGGAUGGGAGGAGCCCGUUACGAUUGAGGAUGUGUGCGAUGUGGAGAAGAGUACGAAGUUGUUGGAGCAGCAGGCGCCGUGGUGGGAACCUGGUACUGCGAGCGGAUACCACGGACUCACAAUGGGCCAUCUCCUCGGCGAGUUGAUCCGUCGGGUAACUGGGAAGCCGAUGGAGCAGUUCAUCACUGAGGAACUCGCUCGUCCACUCACGGCGGACUUUCAACUUGGUAUCCCGGAGAAGGAGUGGCACAGAGUCGCCGAUAUUAUUCCCCCGCCAGCAUUCCAAGAGCAGAUGGAGGGCCUUGAGCUUGACCAAAACAGUCUGAUGUUCAAGUCCAUGGGCAAGAACCCCGGCAUGGACGCUACUUGGGCCAAUUCAUCGGUCUGGAGGGGUUCAGUUGUUGGCGCGGCAAACGGAUACAGCAACGCCCGCGCUCUCGUUCGCCUCCUCUCGGUCAUCUCCCAGGAAAACCCUUCUUUUCUCUCCGCCGAAACUCUCGAUCGAAUCUUUUCGAUUGAGCAAGAUAACGAGAAGGAUCUCGUUAUUCCUGGUAAGGUCCGUCUUGGACUAGGGUUUGGAUUACCAGCUGAAGGAAGCGUACUGGCUGAUCUACAACCGGGACGGGUGGCAACCUGGGGUGGUUGGGGUGGAAGCCGGGUCAUCGCUGACGCAGACAGGAAGAUGACGUUUGGAUAUGUUAUGAACAAAAUGGAGGCAGCCGGAUUGGGGCAGGAGAACAAGAAUGGCAAGGGUGGCAUGGGUAAUGCGAGGACUGCGGCGUAUAUUGCAUCGGUUUAUGAGGCGAUGGGAAUCGUGGCUUGA